CUCAUAAUCGCGAGCACCGGCAUCUGACUUGCCGGGGCCUUGCUCGAGGAUGCUCUUGUAGGUCUCUUCGGCCUUGUGUGGGUGUUCCUUUGCCUGCUUCUUUGCUUCGGCGAUGCGGGCGGCGUUGUCUUGUUGCGCCAUGACGGUGUGAGGCGAGAGGGUGUCGGUCAAGUUGACGAGAGGAGGCCGAGUGAGAUGGCUAUAGGCGGAGCGAUGCGCGAGAUAGAGAAGUCGUACAGCGUAGAGGGAAUGCGGCGAUGGAGAGGAUGUUUGGUUGAUUGAGAUGGCUCAGGCGCGGAUACCUUAGCUCGCAGCCAGCUGCUUGUCGAUGCCAUCACUGCUUGAUCUGUGCCAAGCCUGCGGAGUUGCUCCAGCAUUCUCCGAUCACUUUCACCAUCUCUCGUUAAACAUCUUUGAAAAUCGGUUUCUUCUUUUCGACAUUCUUCACAUUUGUGCUCUCUUGAUGUACAUGAACAGCGUACUGUUGCCUCGUGUAUAUCUAAGGUACUGGUCGUCUCUAAGUCAUGGCCGUUUCUCUGACACUCCUCUCCCAAUUGCGCUCUGUGAACAUGUUUCAACUGAGCCAAGUCAUUUGCAUCAUAGCGAAAGGACUUGUUUCUUCCACUACAUCCAUGAGGGGGUCCGUCUGGACGACUUCCUGAUUGACACAGCUCCGACCUUGUUCUCUCGCUGCAUCUGUGGGCUAUCUUGGAAGAAGGCGGGUAUCAUCUUAGAGCAUGACCCCGACAGACUAUGUCUUCUCUACCUCUAAUCCUCUUGCUUUCGGCCGAAGAGUGUUCUCGACUCGGAGCAGAUCUCAGAACUGCAACUGCUUCUCAGCCGGGUU